CGGGGAACGCGUGGGGGCCUGGCGCUCUCGUGGGGGCGGACGCGGCGGGGCGGCUUUUCCCCGCGGCGUCCACCCGGUGGGACGGCGUGCCGGGGUGCGCCGGCUUCCGGAGCAGCUCCACGCGAGUCUGGGGCGCCAGCCGCGUCCUCCGUUUCCCGUGGCGGCGCCGCGGGCGGAGCAGGCUGGGCGGGGGGCCCGCGAGGCGAGGGUCUCCCGGGCUGUGGCGGCCCCGGGCUUGUGCGCGCCUCUGCCCACCGCCCGCCCCAGCCCGGGUCUUCCGCCCUCCGUAUCCACUCGCCCGGGCCCACGUGCGGGCUCGGUUGUACUUUGCUGUUAGGAGGCGCUCACCUGUGCGGAGUGCCUGCCCCACAGGUGGCGGCCCGGCCGCUGCGAGGCCCGGUCCCCGUGGUGACCGCGUGGUGUCCCGCCUCGGCACAGCCAUGUGUGCUGGAGGCAGGGCCUGGCCUCUCAGGAACGAGUGCGCAGUGAAGUCGUGCAGUAAAGCUACCAAGCCCGGGGACUGGUGUCUCGAGUGACCGAGCAGCAGUGGGCUGCCGGCAGAAAAGGCCGGGCGAGGAGACAGGGUUCCCCCGACUUAGCGCUUGUCCGGAGGUUCCGCGUGGCGUCUGCGGGUGGACACUGUAAUACAGUCACCUGCAAACAUACAGCUCUUUUCUACAGAUGCCAUGUAGAUUAUUUGAAACGGUGCAACGAUGACACCUUUCAUGUUUUUUUGACAUUUUCUUAAUAUAAUUGAAGUGUGCAUUUUUCAUUUGUAGGCAGCCUGCAGAGGUAUGAUGGAUCUUUUGUGAUUUUAGAGCACAGUGCUUAGGAGCCCAAGCUAUUUACUUGGGAUAAAUAAUUUAAGCAUUAUGGGAAAUUACAAUAAUAUGACCUUGGGCCAGCGUUGGUAAGUGCGGGGCUGUGCACCGGUGUUCCUCCUGGAGACAGCCACCGGGGAUUGAUGAUGUGCUGCCCAGGAAGAGGGCUGGAGGCCCAGCCACACCAGGUCCCGCACCUUCCAGGGUGGCCGUCACUGUUUCCUGAACUUCGGGAGAGCAGAACUCACUGUGGUGAAUGUUUAAUACAUGUUUUUGUUUUUAACAUAAAUGUUCAAGCUAAAGAAAGCCCAGAGUGAACUAGGCCCUAAUCAGGAGGCAGAUUUGCAUCUAGUUUCUGGCUGCAGAUGAGAGAAGGUCUGGGAAACGCAUCCCGCUCAGCGCUUGCUGGUGUCGGCCACGAGCUGGCUGCUCUUCUGGGUCUCUGCGAGUUGCUCUCCAGUGCGGCCGAGGUGGGACUGGAAGCAGUGAUGUGGCCCUGGGUGGCCUUCGCUUUUUAAGUUAGACACGUGUUCACAGUGUGUUAUGUCACAGAAUUCAAGGAUCACUAGAAAGGCAAAAAGAGCAUAGAGUGUGUCUGUGGGGCUCACAGUCUGACUUGGGGGUCAUUUUGUCACUGUAUUUACCUAGCGUAGGGUGGUGUGGUGGAGGUCUCAGCUGACGUGUCCCAUGGACCCCGGCUCCUUAUGACGUGGCAUGCAGCCACAUCCCACGCUGAGCGCCUGCCGGGACUUAGCUGGGCUUUCUGUGGUGAAAUCGGGAGGGCAAGGCCGGCCACUGGCCCAAAUAGCAGAGGACAUUCUCUGGGCAGGUGACUGCUUCGUUCCCCUUCUUCUGGUCAUUGGCGGGGCGCAGACAGCUUGGGAGUCAUGGCACAGUGUUUGCAGAAGAAUGUGGUGCAGCACUGCGUGAAAGCCGGGGGGAGUGACGCUGUUGGAAGGAGAAAGUGAACUUCGACCAUUUCCAGAUCCUUCGGGCCAUUGGGAAGGGCAGCUUUGGCAAGCAUUAAACUGUGGACCUGGUACCUGAGCUGCGUGGCCCUGAGCCCUGCCUUCCUGGAGCUGUCAAAGGGGCAGUGGGCGUCCUCCGGAACCCUCGGCUAUGCCUCCGGCUGGAGGAGUUGGGUGGGCUGUGUGUGUGGCUCUGGCACCUCGCCUGGGAGCAGGUGUGGCUGGAGGGUCGGGUUUGGCCUUGCUAACCGUGGCUGGUGCUCCUGGAAAUAACAGCCAGGCCCUCACUUAGCUCAGAGUAUUUUGGGUGUGGGGUGGUAAGUGCACCCAGUGCUGGGAGAUCACGCAAACCCGUCGACACUUCUGUGGGGACAGCAGCUGGGUUUCCAGUCAUCCGGGAGACUGCAGGGAGCACCAGUAUGCCAGCGUGGUGGUGUCUGAUGGCACAGCUUUCAGGAGGCAGAGGCGGGUCUCAAGUGGUGCGGUGCCCCUUUGGGGGUUCGAGAGCCCCUGCCUAGAUGGAUUUCGCGGUGGUGUGGCUGUCGGACAGUGGGCACAGUUGGGUACAGCCCGCCCAUUGACCCUGAGUGGGCCUCUGCCCUCUCCUUUCUAAAGCCCCUGGCUAGCUGGGCUCCUCACCGUGCCCUGCACACCCCUCACUCUGGGCCAUCCCCCCAUCCCUCUCUGUGCUCAACAAAGGCUGGGCCAGGACCUCUCACAGACCUCCUGGGGGUGCCUGCUGCAUGUGACUUUCUGGGUGGUGGCCUGGCCGAUUGCUGCCCAUACCCAGCCCAGGCUCCCCUCCAGCUGUGGGGCUGGAGACCCUCUCUUGUUCAGCCAGGCCCAGGCCUGGGAUGCGAAGCCCUCGUGGAAGGGCUGGCUCAGCAUGUAUCUGGGAAUGGAAGGAAGGGACAGACCAGCUCCAGGGGCCAAGAGACAGAGAGGAAGAAGGGGACGGCGUGGAGUAAGGGCGCUGGCAGGGAGAGGGGCGCAGGCGCACAGUGGCUGCAUUUUCCGGGCUGUGAGGAAAGGACUAAGAAACGGCUCAGAAGGCCUUCCCCAGCAUCCCCAGCCACCCCAAGGAGCUGCCUGUCCUCUCAGUGACCCCAUGUCUCAGGUGGAUCCAGGAGAGGGGCAGAAGAGGAAGAGCACGUUUGUGAGUGAAGAAGGGCUGCCUGGCUGGGGCUCCGCAGCUGCGUGCCCCUGGUCGGGGCCGGUGGACGUGGCCGCUGGAUCCCACCUUGCCUGGGCCCCCUGUGCCGGCUCAGUGAGAAGACGGUGCCUGCGGUCGCCACGGCAACCCCAAGCGGCUGCUGCAGGAUCACCCUGCCAGGUGCGGCCAUGACACCGCAGCUGAGCCUGUGGCCUCAGAUUCCACGCUGGGAGGAGCUGGUUCCGGUGUUCCUCGCCUCCACUGAGGGGCUUCGCUGCAGGUAGAGAGCAGCACUGGCUGAGAAGAGUUCCGGGGUAUCCGGGUUCUGGAUGAAACUCGGUCGUCAGCUUGGAGGGGUCCCAGGCCACCCCCCAGGCAGCUCGAGUCAGCGCUGCCUGUAGCCCAGGCUCUGCCCUGUGGGGGGUUUCCUGGGGGGCCUCAUGCCCUAAAGGCCACCGGGAUGGCAGCUCCACCUGAAGGCAGCUUGGCUGAUCUCAGCCUGGCAGGAGGCUCUGUGUGUUCCUCACAUUUGCAGCAGUGGAUGCUGACACCGAUUGGAAUCUGGGUGUGCUGGGGGCGGCUUAUCUGUGAUGUUUGUUGCCAUGGCGAUUGAUGCCUCCCUGUCCUCACUGUCCAGACCCUGCUCCUGAGAUGUCCAGGCCUGGAUCCUGGACCUGAGAUCUGAGGACCCUGCGUCUAUGUGCCAUGGGUGACCCCUUACACGACAGCGCCCUAGUGUCCGGGAGUCUGGCUGACAGGGAGCCAGCAGUGGCCACUAAAACCCAAUGAUGUCCAGCAGCAUCUUCAGAAGGCCCUCAGCGCCGGCCUGGUGCUGGGCUCCUGGGCAGGGGCUGCUGCCCUCACUGCAGGCGGCCGAGCCUGGGUUUCUCCCCAGAUGUGGCCUCUCACUUUCCAGCAGCACAGGCUCUGGCUUCCUCGCCAGCUUGCUGCCCGGCCACCCCGCUCAGGGCAGCACGAGCCCUCUGCAGCAGUCAAGUGCCUGGCACAGAGCGACUUCCCUUUGGCAGGGAGUGUGCCGUGCCACUGGGGACUUGGGAGCAAUGGCAUUUCUGGACUCCAUUAGUUGGGACUAAGAUGGUUUGAUGCGGACUUUUGUUUGGGUUUUGCUGACUUUGCUAUGAUUCUAUGAUUGUGCAUGUCACAUGGGCUCCCCCUGCCUGGGCAGGACCGUAUGCUGGUGCUGGGUCUGAAGGAUGUUUACUGGGCUGAGCUGACCUGUCCUGUGCGGACCAAAGGGAUCUGCUGGCUGGACGCAGGGCCCAGGACAGGCUGUGGGGAGGCCCACAGCUCACAGUGCUCUUGGCCUGAGCCCUCACACAAUCUGGAGGAUGCCCACCAGCGUCCCGAGGGCCCAGGCCCGUGGCUUUCAGGAGCGCAGAGUGCAGACCUGGCCACCACAGGGCUGCAUGCUCACACCCUAUCUGAUUUGGGGGGUUAAAUGGUUCAGUACACGGCAGUCUUCCUACCUUGGGCCUCUGAUGGGGAGUGCUUGGCCCCACAUGCCAAGCCUGGCCCAGGGUGAGGGUUUCAGGAGCACUGGGGGCCCAGUUGGGGCUAGACAGUCACCCUGGGCCUACAGGUCUCUGUCCAAGUGUCCACCCAGCAUGCCUUCUCCUCUGUGUGUGUGCAUGUGUGCAUGCCUGAGUACAUGUGUGUGCAUGUGUGUGUGCCUGCAUGUCUGUGUGUGCCUCUGAGCAUGUAUGCUGUAUGUGUAUGUGUGUACUACAUGUGUGUACAAGUGUGUUCAUGUGUGUAUGCAUGUGCACCUGCAUGUCUGUGUGCAUGUGUGCAUGCCUCUGUGUGUAUGUGGUAUAUGUGUGUGUGUGUGCACUGCAUGUAUGAGUGUAUGUGCACCUGCAUGUCUGUGUGUGCAUGUGUGCAUGCAGUAUGUAUGUGUGCAUGCCUGUGUGUGUGCAUUGUGUAUGUGGUAUGUCUGUAUGCCUCUGUGUAUAUGGUAUGUGUGCAUAUGUAUAUGUGGUAUGUGUGAAUUUGUGUAUGUGGUGUGUGCCUGUGCUGUGUGUGUGUGGCAUGUGUGUGCAUGCUUGUGUGUGCAUGUAUGUGGUAUGUAUGCAUGUAUGUGGUAUGUGUGUGGUGGGUGUGUGCAUGCAUGUGUGUGUAUGUGGUAUGUCUCUGGUUUGCGUGUGUGUACAUGAGUGUGUGCAUGUCUGUGUAUGUGGUAUGUGCACUAUGUGUACAUGAGUAUGUGCCUGCAUGUGUGUGUGCAUGUGUGUGCAUGCCUCUGUGUGUGCAUUUGUAUGUGGUAUGUAUGUAUGUGUUCACUCUGUGUACAUGAGUGCAUGUGUGUAUAUGUUUGCAUGUCUGCAUGUGCAUGUGUGCAUGCCUCUGUUGCAUGUGUGUAUGUGGUAUGCAUGUGUGUGACUGCCUGUGUGUGUGUGCACACGUGCACUACAUGUGUGAGAACUGUGUGUUUCCAACGCUUUCAUGCUGGGGCCUUGCUGACCCUGGGGAGAUGCCCCUCCUGCACCAGCCACUUCCUAGAGAUCAGAAACGCUUGCCUUUGGUUGCCUUUCAAACGCAAGCCCACUGACCUGGGGCCCACCCCCAGCAUCUCCUCUGUGCUUCCAGGCUCAAGGCCACAUCCCCUGCAGGAAUCAUCUCGGGGCCUGACCCCAGACAGUCAGGGCAGGCCUGUAUUCCCGCAGGCCAGUGCCAAGCCUGCCCACUCAGCUUUCCCCACCUUUGCUGAGGAAGGUACUGCCUGGCUCUGCUCAUAUUUCUUCUUCACGUCGUCUGCCUGAGACACUGGCCUUUCCCUGCAUGGACCCCUGGUGUGGCAUGCCUCUCCCCCUCUUGGGAAGUGUAAUGGUCUAAUCAAUGGCAGGCAUCUCCUGAUCUAACCCACCUGUGUGAAAAUAAAACCUACAUUUUAAGGCAGGGGGGUUCUCCUAAAUCGUGCUGAUCUCUCAGGCCUGCUGUCUGGCCUUCGGUGGGGGCCGCUGAGAGCAGCUGCUGCACCACAGAUGUCAGUAGAAGCUGCCUCGGUCCCAAGGAGGCUGCUCGUGCCCUGGCCAGAUGGUGGGAGGACGCCCCCCGCCAGGGCUGUGGCAGCUCCCCAGGCCCCGUCUACUUUGUCUGAGACCAGCAGGGGCCCAGCUUAGCGGUGGCCUUUUCUCUGGGAAGGGUUAGGGCUGGAGAGUCUCUGGGGCUCCAGACCAUGCUGGGUCUGCUCACAGUGGCUUUGAAGGAGAGAGAGAUGCUGAGGAUUGAACAGACCAUCCUCCCCGAGGCCAGAGUUGGGAGGGAGAUGGCCGCUGAUUGGAGAACCUGGAGGAGCCCAGUGCACACAGCAGCUGGAGGCUCCUGAGAGCUUGGGGAGGGAUUCUACUCUCCCUGCCGUGGGGAAGCCGAUUCUGCUAGGGCCAGUUGACUCCAGGCUUCAGUGGCAGAGGGGUGAAGCCAUACUGAGACCAGCCCUGCCCGCAUGCUCAGAUUCCUCUGUGCCUCACCCAAUGCCUUGGAUUCAUCUCCACUGCCACCGAAGGAUGAAAGAAACCCUGUGUGGGCCUCAGUUCAGAGUCCUCAUAGGAAGGAGCGGUUACCACAUGCUCCAAAAUGGGCCGGAACACAGUGGGAAUUUGCUGGGCCCAUCUCUCUGGGUCACCCAGGCUGCACCUUUGUGCUUAAAAUAGCUGUUUCCCUCAUGACUGAUUCAGGAGCGGGACUUUCAUAUCCAGUUUCUCCUUUUCUCCCCUCGACAGGCACGUGCAUAGUUACUGCCUUUGCCUUGGAGCUGCAAGGAAGCUGAGGCCAGAGAGGUGGCCCUGCUGGUCUCGGUCAGGUCACCUGGCUUGGGAGGAACAAGCUCCACUGGAGGGCAAAGUGGGCCGAGCCUGUGAGCCCAGGGAGUACAGCCCAGAGAGCGGGAGCACAGCCCAGGGAGCAGGAGCACAGCCCAGGAGGAGGGAGCCUAGGGAGCACAGCCCAGGGAGCAGGGGCACAUCCCAGGGGAGAGGAGUCCAGGGAGCACAGCCGAGGGAGCAGGGGCUCAGCCCAGGAGGGAGGAGCCCAGGGAGCAGGGGCACAGCCCAGGGGAGAGGAGUCCAGGGAGUACAGCCCAGGGGAGAGGAGCCCAGGGAGCAGGAGCACAUCUCAGGAGGAAGGAGCCCAGGGAGCACAGCCCAGGGAGCAGGGACACAGCCCAGGGGAGAGGAGCCCAGGGAGCACAGCCCAGGGAGCAGGGGCACAGCCCAGGGGAGAGGAGUCCAGGGGGCACAGCCCAGGGAGCAGGGGCUCAGCCCAGGAGGGAGGAGGCCAGGGAGCACAGCCCAGGGAGCAGGGGCACAGCCCAGGGGAGAGGAGUCCAGGGAGCACAGCCCAGGGAGCAGGGGCUCAGCCCAGGGAGCACAGCCCAGGGAGCAGGGGCACAGCCCAGGGGAGAGGAGCCCAGGGAGCACAGCCCAGGGAGCAGGGGUAUAGCCCAGGGGAGAGGAGUCCAGGGGGCACAGCCCAGGGAGCAGGGGCUCAGCCCAGGAGGGAGGAGGCCAGGGAGCACAGCCCAGGGAGCAGGGGCACAGCCCAGGGGAGAGGAGUCCAGGGAGCACAGCCAAGUGGGGAGGAACCCAGGGAGCACGGCCCAGGGGAUGGGAGCCCGGGGGCAGGAGUGGGCAUUUAAAAUGAAACCACCCAGCUGGCAGCUCCGGUCUCAGCAGCCAGGAGGCCGUGGCCGAGGAGCAAGGGAUCCAUCCCCUGUGUGGGUCCCUGAGGGCCAGCUGAGGCAUUAGGCAGAAUUGGGGCAGGGUUUCCGUGAUACAACCACAACGUGGAAGCUGGAGAUCUUUCGGUACUUACAGACCUUGGUGGGGACACGGCAGGCCUGGUGCCCACACACACACUUGGAGGUCAGGGGCACAAGCAGAGCAGGAGGGGUGCAGGGACCCUGGGGCCAACACAUCUGUUGGGCGGCUCCAUAGGAGCUCUGGGUGGUACCAGGUCAAGGGUCACACUGUGGUUGACACAUGGUCCCUGUAAGCUGGGGGGGCAGGUGUCUGAAUGGGCCAGGAAAGGAAGGGCCCUGCCAGGUGGGAGAUACGUCUCUCAGUUUUCAUCUCUGGCCACUGCUGCCGGAGCUGCGAGGUGGAGGAUGGUAUUAGAGACCGUGUCAAGGGUGGCUGAGCCGUGCUUCUGGCCUGGAAGGUCAAACCUGUGUUUGAGGCUGACCUGCGGCCGCAUGAUGUCACAGGCUCCCCGUCCUGGGCCACCUCCCUGUCUGUCCUGCAGCAAACCCACAAGUGAGAAGGAAGCUUCCUCGCCACCCUGCUCGGCCCACAUGUGGCAGACACAGCUGCCCAGUGUGUGUGGCCCAUGCAUGGGGCUGCCGUCUGCCACCCAGCCUCAGCUUCCUCCUCUGGACCGGGAGUCCCUGGCCUCCCCAUCAGGUCACCCUAUGUGGGAGCCUCAGGACAGGUGGUCAGCAUCCAGGACUGCAGGGACACUGCUGGCCAUUUCUGGGGCUGUCGGGCCUCCCCUUGGGCCCAGAGCCCAGAUGCCAGCACUGGCCACGUCCCUCCACUGACCAGGCCGUCCGUAGGCUCUGGCCCCUGGGGAAGUGGCCAGGGGUCCUUUCUGUGCUCCUAACUGAGGCUCACACAUGGGCUUUGGGCCACAGAAGCAUCACCUCAAGUCUCUUUUAGCUUUUAGAAGGUACAACUCACAUGCUAUCGAGAGGGGCUCCGUGAUCCCCGCAAACACCUGGGUCUGGUCUCACCAGGAACCGACGCGGUGCCCAUCCUGUUUAGCCACAACCUUUGCCUGCCUCCUGCCAUGCCCUGGGUAUCUGAAAUGAUUUCCAGAGAGCACAUAAUUUGACCCGUCGGUAUUUUAGUGUGUAUCUUUAAAGAUGAGGACCCUCUUCUUAGCCACCACCAUGCUAUCUUCACACCUGAAACAGCAGUCCUUAUGAUCCGUCACACCGCACCGGGCUUGCGUCUCCCAGGGCCUGUGAGUGUUUCCUCACUGUUUCUCUGAGUAUCCAUCACACUGUGCUGGGCUUGCGUCUCCAGGGCCUGUGAGUGUCUCCUCACUGCUUCUCUGAGUCAGGAUCUGAAUGAGUCUAUGCAGCAAGGUGGCCCUGAGCGGCGGUCACUCUGGGGGCCCUCAGUCCUUGCUGUUUGCUUGCUGAGGGCCCAGGUGGCUCCGUGUCCUGAGCCUCCCAUCUGCUUCUGCUGCCCAUGUCACCUGGAGGCCCCAGCACUGUCCUUUCCUCCUGCCGCCUCCUUCUCCCUAGAUAUGUCCCUUGUCAAAAAGAUUUUGGUUCAUAUUUCCAUUGAUUUCUUUUAAUAUAUCUGUUUGACCUGCUUCUGGCAUCAAGGGUGGCACAUCACUCACACAGCUCAUUCCACUCCCGUGGCUCACCCCACUCACAGCUCACACCACUCACGUGGCUCACACCACUGACAUGGCUCAUAUGGCUCACACCACUCAAAGCUCACACCUCUCACACGGCUCACACCACUCACACCUCUCACAGCUCACACCUCUCACACCACUCACACCACUCACACCUCUCACAGCUCACACCCUCACACCACUCACACCACUCACACCUCUCACAGCUCACACCCUCACACCACUCACUCGGCUCACACCACUCACAGCACUCACACCACUCACAGCUCACACCACUCACAUGGUUCACCCCACUCACAUGGUUCACCCCACUCACAGCUCACACCAUUCAUAUGGUUCACCCCACUCACAGAACUCACAUGGCUCACAUGUUUCACACCACUCAUAUAGCUCACACCACUCACAUGGCUCACACCACUCACAGCUCACACCACUCACACGGAUCACACCACUCACAGCUCACACCACUCAAACCACUCACAGCUCACACCCUCACACCACUCACAGCUCACACCCUCACACCACUCACACCUCUCACAGCUCACACCCUCACACCUCUCACAUGGCUCACACCACUCACAGCUCACACCACUCACACCUCUCACAGCUCACACCCUCACACCACUCACAGCUCUCACAGCUCACACCACUCACAGCUCAUACCCUCACACCACUCACAGCUCACACCCUCACACCACUCACAGCUCUCACAGCUCACACCACUCACAGCUCACACCACUCACACCUCUCACAGCUCACACCCUCACACCACUCACACCUCUCACAGCUCACAGCUCACACCCUCACACCCUCACACCACUCACACCUCUCACACCACUCACACCUCUCACACCACUCACAGCUCACACCCUCACACCACUCACACCUCUCACAUGGCUCACACCACUCACAGCUCACACCACUCACACCACUCACACCUCUCACAGCUCACACCCUCACACCACUCACACCUCUCACAGCUCACACCACUCACACUUCUCACAGCUCACACCACUCACACCUCUCACAGCUCACACCACUCACACUUCUCACAGCUCACACCCUCACACCACUCACCUCUCACAGCUCACACCCUCACAUCACUCACAGCUCACACCAGUCACACCUCUCACAGCUCACAGCUCACACCCUCACACCACUCACACCUCUCACAUGGCUCACACCACUCACAGCUCACAGCUCACACCCUCACACCACUCACACCUCUCGCAGCUCACACCCUCACACCACUCACACCUCUCGCAGCUCACACCACUCACACCACUCACACGGCUCACACCACUCACACCAGUCACAGCUUCACCUCCCUUUCUCCCCAACCAUGUCUGGCAUCCCCUGUGCCAUGUGCCUCCCUCCCCUCAGUCCCAUCACAGCCACGUCACUUGCCGUGGUGCACAUGCCACACGAGCUUCCCACCUGCCGUGGUGGGCAUACUGCAUAAGUGUCCACUGGCUGCUGUAACAAAUGAGCCCAUGUGCACAGCAUAGACUUCCUAUCUUUACCUGACCUCCAGCCCCCCAGGACCCCCUGGCAGCUCCCAAGAGCCACAGGUUUGAGGCAGCCAGAGAAGCAAGAAGAGGUGGGCCCUGCCUGAUGGGAAUGGAUGGCGGCCACACUGGCCCUGGCCUCCCACCACUCUCCGAGCAGGUAGGGGAGAGCCAUGGCGUGAGGGGCCAUACAGAGCAUGGGGCUUGGUGUGGAGGGUGAAACCCUUCCAGCUCACAGCAUUGCAGAAACAGCUGAGAGGGAGUGCUGAUUGUGAGCCAAGGGCCAGCCAGAGACCCCCCCAAGAAUUCAUAGAGACCUCACCUAGCAGCAGGGCAUGGCAGAGAAAGGAAGCUGGGCAAACCUGCCAGAGGAGCCCUGUGUUUCAGAGGGGACUGCAGCAAGGCCUGGGGAUGUGGCAGGUGAGGAAGGGGCAUGGAGGUACAGCCUGGGACUCGGGGAUGUGUCGGGAGGUAUCAGGAGAGUGCAAGGGAGAAACAGCUGGCAGAGCUCCCCUGAAGCAGCUGGGAAGCUCGGGCAGCAUGGAUGGAGGCCCCCAAGACGGAUCACAGGCUGCGACAUCCCUGCACGCAGGUCCUAACUCCUGGGCAGGGGGAAAGCUGGGAGUAGCCAGGCAAAGUGCUAAGAGCCUUGGUUAUAGGCCACGGGAGAGUCUGUGUGGCCACAGGUUCUCGGCCACUCAGGAGCGGCAUCUCCGGGCUCUGUAUGAAGAUAUGAGUUAGCCAAGAAUUCCACACCUCGUCAGAACGAUUGCUUGUGUGCAACCACCAGAAAACAGGAUUCCACAGUAGCAAGGACUCAGACGGCACCACAGCCCAUCUGUUCUUCCAUGCCCAGUGAUGUUCCAGCCAGCAUGAAGCAGCUGAGGGAUGGCAGCCAUUGCCAAGGGGCUGUCCUGCAGUCACCAGCUGUGUGCUUAGCCCUGUGGCCAUGUUCUGAAUUUAGAUGGGAGAACAAGCGUCCCUGCAAGUGUGGGCAUGGGAGGUGCUCCGUCCCCAGGAAGCCAGUGGUCUGGGUGCCCUGCCCAACCACCAACACCUGACAGUCACAGGGCACGGGGUUCCUAACCUCCUGGGACAAACUCUCCCCUCCAACCUGCAGCGGAUGUAAGAAGAACCUCAGCAUCACGCGGUGCCUUCGGUAGCAUGGUGCUACAGCUGCCGCCCUGGCCCCUCGGUGGACCUGCCCAUGCCCACCUCUUUCUGAGAGGUUUGUAGCCUCGUUAACUUCACCGGCCAUGGCCUAGGAAGCAGCCACUUAGUGUUGGGGAAAACUGAAACCCCAAAGCUGAUUCCCACUCACCAUAUGAGAAUACUGAGCUCAGCUGGGGAGAGGGGCCUGGGACAAGUAGCCUGUGGACACAGCUUCUCAGAGACAUGAAGAAAAAAACUUCAGGGGGCUUUCAGGAGCGGCAGGAGGAGAGAGGGAGGUGGAGCAGCCUCUGGAGUCCAUGGGAGCCCAGCUCUGCCUGGGGGACUCCUCUGACCCCAGCACCCUCCCUGGAGGCCCCAUGCCAGGCUGUCCCUUCCUCAGCUGCUGCAGACACCUUCUCCAGGCCUGUCCUGGGUACUGGCCCUCCUGUUUUUGUGGUGCCUGGCACUGAUCCCUGGGGGAGAGCCUGCCUUGCCCUGUCCCACCCUGCUAUCCCCGCGUCCCCAGGCUCCACCUCUCCUUGGGAUGUUAGAAGCUCCCCCAGGUAGGGUUAGGAGGUGCUUUCAUUAUGCCGUUUAGAGGUCGUAGGCAUUUGCUUUCUGGGGAACAAGAAUUACUUGGAAAGAGAAAGAGCUUGGGUGAAUCACUUAAAUCUGCAAAUGUGUAAACAGCAUUCAGUUGAAAUGGCCGUCACGUGGCCUGUUCCAAGUGGUGCCGUGGCCUCCCCGUCAGUGGCAUUUCACAGGAAAAGCCAGGGCUCCCGAGCCUGGGCAGACUUGUUCCUCUUCAUGGCAAGACCUCUAACUCCGUUCCCUCUAAUUCUGUUUCCUCUAACUCCAUUUUCUCUAAACCCAUUUCCUCCGUGAGCUUAAGUCGAUGUUCAGAGGAAGCAUCCAGGAAGGCAGGGACCGGUUUCCUGGAGGAAGCGGAUGAGUCGGGCCUGCCUGCCUCAGCCCCCAGGCUUGGUCAGAGAAGGCCGCCCACCGGCUUUCCAGUUUUUUUUUUUUGUAAACACUGCUCUGCGUGAUCUCCGGUGCCGAGGUCCCUCCAGACAGAGACUGCACCAACCCCAGGGCUUGAUGGCACCACUAACUGGAGCCUCCUCUGUCAGGCCUGAGACCCGCCUGCUUUUGACCCAAACCUUUUCUCUGUGUCUUUACCUGAGAGCACGAUGAUGUGAUUGACUUCAUCAAAUCCACUUCGAGGGAAAACCCCACAGCACCCAAACCACCCGAGUGCCUGACCAUCCAAACCCCACAGCACCCAAACCACCUGAGUGUGCCUGAUCGUCCAAACCCCACAGCACCCAAACCACCCGAGUGCCUGACCAUCCAAACCCCACAGCACCCAAACCACCUGAGUGUGCCUGACCAUCCAAACCCCACAGCACCCAAACCACCUGAGUGUGCCUGACCAUCCAAACCCCACAGCACCCAAACCACCCGAGUGCCUGACCAUCCAAACCCCACAGCACCCAAACCACCUGAGUGUGCCUGACCGUCCAAACCCCACAGCACCCAAACCACCUGAGUGUGCCUGACCAUCCAAACCCCACAGCACCCAAACCACCUGAGUGUGCCUGACCAUCCAAACCCCACAGCACCCAAACCACCCGAGUGCCUGACCAUCCAAACCCCACAGCACCCAAACCACCUGAGUGUGCCUGAUCGUCCAAACCCCACAGCACCCAAACCACCUGAGUGUGUCUGAUCGUCCAAACCCCACAGCACCCAAACCACCUGAGUGUGCCUGACCGUCCAAGCCUCAGGGCGGGUCCUGAUAACAAGAGGCAGGGCCAGGACCCUGCCUGCUGUCCUGGGUGGGAAAAUGAUGGGGGAGGUUGGGGGAAGUGGACUGCUGGGUUGGCAGGUGGCAAGGAGAGAGCAGGUGCUCGGGUGAGGGCGCAGCAUGUGCUCGGGUGAGGCUGCUGCCCGCAGACGUGGCUGCAGAUGCCCAAGCACGCAGGGUGUUUUCAGGGAUGCUUGUACACUGGAGGCACGGAGAAGGUGAGUUUCUUCCCAGAACAAAGUUCCACACCUCGUUUUCUGCAAAUAGCAGAAGUUUCUUGUCAUUCUGGUGAUGGGAAGCCUGACAUCUGGUAGGGUGGUUCCUCUGCACGGCCCCGGUAGGAAGAUCCUCUGUGGGAAGACCCUCUGUGCUUCUCCUGGCAUCCAGGGGCUGCUGGGAAGCUCUGUGGGAAGACCCUCUGUGCUUCUCCUGGCAUCCGGGGGCUGCUGGGAAGCUCUGUGGGAAGACCCUCUGUGCUUCUCCUGGCAUCCGGGGGCUGCUGGGAAGCUCUGUGGGAAGACCCUCUGUGUUUCUCCUGGCGUCCGGGGGCUGCUGGGAAGCUCUGUGGGAAGACCCUCUGUGCCUUCCCGUGGCGUCUGGGGGCUGCUGGGAGGCCCUGGUAGGAGGACCCUCUGUGCUUCUCUUGGCGUCCGGGGGUUGCUGGGAGGCCCUGGUAGGAGGACCCUCUGUGCCUUCCCAUGGCGUCUGGGGGCUGCUGGGAGGCCCUGGUAGGAGGACCCUCUGUGCCUUCCCAUGGCGUCUGGGGGCUGCUGGGAGGCCCUGGUAGGAGGACCCUCUGUGCUUCUCCUGGCGUCCGGGGACUGCUGGCCACUGCUGGUGUCCUCAGCUAGCAGCCACGUCACUCCAUCCCCCAUCCCCAGGCUGGCUCUGCUCCACCUUCACACCACCUCACCCCCAUGCCUGCGUCACAUCUUCUCUUUUCUGCCUCUUACAAGAAUGCCUGUGGUUGGUGUUAGGGCCCAUCCUGAUUCAAGACCUCCAGAUCCUCAAUUAUACCUUCAAAGAACUUUAUUCCCAGUAAGGCCACAUUCCAAGGCUCCUGGUGGCCUGUGAGUGUGGCCAUGUCUUUUGAGGACACACUUGGGUGUACUGCAGGGGGUCGAGGCAUUCUCCUGAGGGUCCCAGGGAGCGGCAUGGCACCUCACCCUGCACCGCCAGUACCCUGCAUGCUGCUGCCACAUAGAGAGACUUACGAACUUUUCUUGAAUUGCAGUUGAGCUAAGAAUGUUCCAGAACACAGAGCCCAAAGCCUCGGGACACCUGGGUCUGACCCUACCUCUCCCCUGCGCCCCAGGGCAGCUCCUCCCACAGGGCCAGGACAGGGACUUGGAUCGUGGCUGAUGGUGCCACCAUCCACGGCAGUUUGUUUCACAGGUGGGGAAACUGAGGCUGGAGGGAAACGGAUCUGCUGCUUUGUUGUGGUGGACAAAGGAGCCAGGGUGUGUGAGGCCAGGCCCUGAACCCAGGUGGCUUUUCUGUCUCUGCUCCCUGGCCACGGGUGACUGGACGUGUAUGACCGGGAGAGCAGGCUCCAGUCACAGGGCCAAGGACCGGUCCCAGACGGAGCCCAGGCCACAGCCUUGGGAGAGGGGGUGGUCCUGGAUGUGCUUGCCCAGUGGGAGGGUGAGGACCCGUCUGGAGUAGACACCCAUUGGUGUCCACUGCCCCUGUGGCUGGGCCCAGAGGGCAUGGGAAGCCAGGAGCACCUGUCCCCUGGUGAGUGGGCUGUGGGAGUUCAGCACCCCAAGGGAAGGCGUGUUCUUCCAGAGAUCCCCUCUGAGAGCUGACCUGCAACAUGAGCAGGCAGGGCAGCAGGACCCCAGAGAGGGUUGGGUCACUCAGGCAGGUAGCUUUCUGGGGCGGCUCACAAAGCCUGGGGCUUCAGACUGCCGGAGAGGGCCUUGGGCAGCAGGUGCAGGCACUGCCCCGGGCAGACCCUGUGUGAGGUGGGCUCGGCAGCCCCGCCCCAGCUUCCCAGCAGAAGCAAAAGCCCUGGGCUCAGCCAGUGCCCCCAAGCCAGGCUCCUGAGGGCAGAGGGUAGGGGUUUGGUUUUUCCACCCUGUUCGUCUCACAGCCUGUCCUGUCCCAGCCCCGGGCAGGAACCAGCCUUUCUGGAGCAGUUUCUGGACCUGUGGUUGCUGCCCCGGGCAUCCAGUGGCCCUGUGCAGGAGGGCAUGAGCUCUGGGGCAGGUGCGGGCAGGCUCUGCUCCUUCUGUGCCUGCGCCAAGUGAGGCUGGGGUUUCUGUCUGGAGGACGGGACUCUGCCCCCUGCGGGCAGGUGCAUGGGAGGGAGGCCGUGCUGCUGAGCCACGCCACUCUGCCCUGGUGGCAGCGGGAAGCAGCAGGAGAGGGGCCUCGGGGCUGAAGUGGGUGGCCAGGGGCUGCUGCUGCUUACACUCAUUGUCAUUCAGAAACCUUCAACUGACUUUCAACAUAAUAAUUUAAAACGUGGUUAUAGGAAAUGUAGGCAGUUCAGGAGAAAUCCCGCCCAGCCCUCCCAAGGUGGCCUUGUUUAAGCUCAGCCUCUGCCUGUUCUUGCUGUGCUGCCUGCACUGUCCCCACUCCUGGGCAGGUGUGGCCACAUUUUCAGGAGCCCCAAUCAGCACAUAUGCCUCUGGGUAGCCCCCAGCACAGGGUACUUCCUGUCCCUCCAGGCCCAGCUUUCCCCACCCACCGGGCAGGGUGGUGCUGAGGCCAUGCCUGGUGCCAGCUUCCUGGAGAGGCCACAUUUAGUGCCCAUGCGCCAGACCAAGCCACUGUCUCCUGUGCCACGGGGCUGCCCCUGGAUCCACUCAGGCCACUGCUUGGCACAAUCAGACACGCUUUCCUAGUCUGGGCUAGCCUGUGCUCUCACAGUUUGACUCCCAGAGGCCCCUGGAGGGAGGGAGGGUCACCACUUUGCUUCACAACAGGACUGAAUCUCAGGGAGAGGUCUCCAAGAACAGCCACGGAGCCAGGAUGUGACUGAGACAGGUGUCUCCAGGGCCACACACUAAGCAAUACAGGAACUUCUGGGGGCAGAAUCAUGGCCCCCAAAACAUCCGUGUCCUAAUCCCCAGAACAAAUACGUUACUGUAUGUGGCAGAGGAAAGCAUCUGCUGCGUCCAGGCAGUGGAGGGACUGUGGUGGGUCCCCAGGCAUCCUCAGGCGUCCAUCCCCGUGCAAUCCCAGGCGUCCUGCCGAUCAGCCUGUGUC